AAGGGACAUUUGAAAUCAAAACCCAAUAAUCUCCUUCUUUGGUCAUUCCCUUUUCCCUCCAAAACAGAAAAAGAUGAGUUUAAGGGACAUUGAAGCUACACUACCUGCAGGUUUCAGAUUCUACCCUAGUGAUCAAGAAUUGGUCUGCCAUUAUCUAUGCAAGAAGAUUGCUAAUGAAGGAAUCUCUAAGGGAACCAUGAUUGAAGUGGACUUGCAUACUUGUGAACCUUGGCAGCUACCAGAUGUGGCCAAGCUCGGUGCCAAUGAAUGGUACUUCUUCAGUUUCCGGGACCGUAAAUACGCUUCUGGCCUUCGAACCAACCGGGCGACGAUGUCGGGAUACUGGAAGGCUACCGGAAAAGAUCGUCCGAUAUACAAGCCCAACUCGCGUACAAUUGUGGGGAUGAGGAAGACAUUGGUUUUCUAUCGUAACAGAGCUCCAAAUGGGAUCAAGACUGGCUGGAUCAUGCAUGAGUUUCGUUAUCAGCAGAAUCCAUAUAUGCCUCCUAAGGAAGAUUGGGUACUUUGCAGAGUCUUUCACAAAGGCAAGGGAUCAGAGCAUAGGGAGAACCCUAGCCAAUUGGCAAAUGAAUUUGACACAUCAAAUGGAGCUUCUCCUUCAAAUAUAUCCUCAUCUCCCACUACUAUGUACCAACAAUCUAUCUCAUGUGGGUCCCACCAACAAAUCAACUCAUUUCCUCAACUCUUACAUCAUCAUGAUCAUCAUCAAGACCACAGUUUGCUAAAUUUAACAGUUUUCAAUUCCAAUAUUUCUCCACAAGAGCAAGAGAGCAAGAAACCCUUCUUUGAGAUUCAAUCUAGAACAAGAGGUGAUCAUGAUCAGUAUGGAUUUCUACUGGAUAUGGGUUUGGAAAAUAACAACUUUGGGAAUGAAGAAGCUUCAAGUUUAGAGGAGAUGGAGUUUGAAGAUUAUAACAGUAUUGUUUUUCUCUAGAUUAAUUGAUUGGGUUAAUAGUUAGUGAUACUAUCUA